CCGGUUGUCAUCGCCUGUUUGGAGCGUUGCAGCACGUUCUUCGCCAUGGAAAACGUCCCGCCUAGGCUACGAUGGUCGUCAAAGGGAAAGUUUUGCUGCGUAUAUGAAUGCCAUAACAAUCAGUGGGACUCCAGAAAUGCGGAAACACCUGUCAUCUUCUACUCCUUUCCCGGCAAGCCGUACGAGAAAGAAAGAAAAGAGCGUUGGGUAACUGCCGUGCGCAGGGCCAACCCAGACGGCAGCUCGUGGAAGCCGAAGAAACAAAGCGUAAUCUGCAGCGCGCAUUUCGUUGGCGGUCGUAAAAGUGACAGCACAAACAGCCCCUCAUACAUCCCCACGAUAUUUCCAGAUGCGUAUCGGCAAGGAAUGAGGGACCUGCAGUGCGCUCGGGGAAGGCACGAAAGGUGGAGCAAGCGACACAUACAAUCAAUGCAGCUAUUGGCCGAUGUACAGGUUCUUGAUGAAACACAACACAUGGCACUGCCUGAAGCUGAGGACACGAACUCCUCACUGGACAACACAGACCCUUUAGACAACACGUGUACUAUGCUUGACUGUGGGACGCAAACUGAAGAUGACCAGUCAAUGCCUGUGUGCGGGGCAACCAUCGCAGCCUCAUUUUCAGUUUUCCUCUGCACAAUAACUAGUGAUGGAGCAGCAUCACAAAUCUUGCACAAGACUACAAGAGAUGCAUCUACAUCCCCUGCAGCAAUUGCAACAGUGACCAGUUCAUCCGGGCCAACAGAAAGACAAUGUUGGUUUGCAGGAUACGAAAGUGUGGCAUACAAUUCUGAUGCACUUCAUGGGCUCACAAACGUGUCAGCUGCUGUGUUUGCUCUCCUCCUCAGUGUACUGCAAACUGCAGCUACAGUGCGUGAGGGUGAUAUAAGCCUUCCAAAUAAGUUGCUGCUGUUCCUUAUGAAAUUGAAAUUAGGCAUAUCGUUUGUAUCACUCAGUUUUCUGUUUGGCAUCCAUCCAUCCACAGCAUCUCGAAUAUUUCAGUUUGUACUUUACAAACUAGCAAGUGCAACAAGAGAUUGGAUAUUUGUUCCCAGCCGUGCAUCUAUACUGUCUGCAAGUCCACCUUGUUUCAAGCUUCACUAUCCCUCGUGUACAUUUAUCUUAGACUGCACUGAGAUCCGAACGGAAACACCUCCAACAGUGCAACAACAACGUGCCCUGUUUUCAGCCUAUAAAAAUGGUUACACAGUUAAAUUCCUUGUUGGUGUUCUCCCAAAUGGGAUGGUUGCAUUCAUUUCAAAGGCAUAUGGUGGACGAGCAACUGACUCAUUCAUUACUGUCAACUCUGGAUUUUUAAAUCAUGUACAGAGAGGAGAUGUUAUUCUUAGUGACAAGGGCUUCCCUGGGAUAAGGACAGACAUGAAAAACCUGGAUGCUGUACUAGUGAUGCCUCCGUUCUCAAGUGGAGGUCAAUUUAGUGAAGAAGAGAUGAGGACCACGUAUAAUAUUGCACAAGUUCGUAUUCACGUGGAGCGAGUCAUACAGAGGAUCAAAAUAUUCAACAUCUUAAACACUCAGGUUCCAGUAACGCUCCUGCCACACAUCGACAACAUAUUUCACAUGUGUUGUGUGUUAGCAAACUUGCAAAGUCCCAUCAUCAAGGUUCAGUAGUCAUGAAACUGCACACUGGCGGGGUAGACAAAUGAUGUAUAGGAUUAUUUGUCGUGUUAAUGUGAAAUUGUGCUCUGCAUACAAACAGCCAAAUAAAUUUAACCCUUUGUAGUGUAGUUACCCUAUUUACUUUGAAAAUUGGUCAUGAAUUGCGUGUGAAUAGUAAAAAUAAAGCACCCCAGGAAAAUAUUGGUUAGAUGCUGCCACUCAAAAGCAGACUCACUUUAUUUUGCAUUUAUGCAAACCAUAAAUUAUGUCAGCCUUUGUAAAUAGUGUUCAAAAUAAAACUUCUCAAGCUUGG